AUGGUGGCUAUGAGUGAGGCCCUGGUACAUGCAAAGAUGACUCUCCUGCAUAUCUGGUUGAAGAUGCUGUUCUUUCCUUCUGUAUGGCCCCUGAUUUGGUGUGUUGAGUACAAAAGCCUUCCAGAAGUAGUGACACCCUUGAGGGUCACUGUCUCCAAUAGAGACAAGAGUCUUGGAGGCUGGAUGUCCUAUAGCCUGUACUUUGGAGGCCAGAGACACAUUAUCUCCGUGAAAUCCAGUAAUUUUUUGAUAUCCAGACAGCUCUCUGUGUUCACACACAAUGACCAAGGCGACCUCUUUGAGGACAAACCUUUUGUCCAGAAUGACUGUUACUACCUUGGUUUUGUGGAUGGAAACCCAGAAUCCAUAGUAGCUCUUAAUACCUGUUUUGGGGGCUUCCAAGGAACACUACAGAUAAAUGACACCACCUAUGAAAUCAAACCCAAGAGCCCUUCUUCCACAUUCGAACAUCUGGUUUACAAGAUAGACUUGGAAGAAACUCAAUUACUCCCCAUGAAAUGUGGAUUAACAGAUGAAGAAAUAGCAGGGCAACUGAGACUUCAAGAAAAUGAUACGUCCUCUCUAAUGCGAAACUACUAUGGGGGCUGGUGGGCUCACAGAAGGUAUAUUAAACUGGCACUGGUUAUAGACCAUGAACAAUUCCUUUAUCGAAAAAGCAAUUCUUCUCUUGUGAUAAAAGAUGUAUUCAACAUUAUGAAUGGGCUAAAUGUCUUUUUAUUGCCUGUGAAUAUUAAUGUGGCUCUAAUUGGACUCUAUAUCUGGACUAAGGAAAACCCCAUACCAGUGAAAGAUUUAUAUACUCUCUUGCCAGCAUUUUGUAAGUGGAAGAGAGAAAACAUUAAGUCUCAAGUAUCGCAUGAUAUUGCACAUCUCUUUGUGAAAUAUAAUUUUACUAACUAUUUUGGCAUAGCCUAUGUGGGAACUGUAUGCAAUAAGACAUUUGGUUGCGGAGUUGAUAGCCUCUUGGGGGAUAGUUUCUUUACCGUUGGUCACAUUGUGGCACAUGAGAUAAGUCACAAUUUGGGCAUACCGCAUGAUGGGAAACUUUGCACAUGUGGAGGGGGAUCAUGUUUUAUGGCUGCUACAACAAACACGUCAAGAAAAUUCAGCAACUGUAGUUAUGCAGUGAUGUGGGCCAACACAGCCAGAACAGGUUGCUUACACAGUAAGCCCAGCCCUUUGGAUACCCACCCACUGAAGCUCUGUGGGAAUGGGGUGGUUGAUGAAGGCGAGCAGUGUGACUGUGGAUCCUCGGAAGCCUGUGAAUACAGUCUCUGUUGUAUGUCUGACUGUACUCUGAGGUUUGGUACUAACUGUGAUACUGGUCGAUGCUGCAGCCACCUGUGCAAAAUCCUGCCCUCUGGCACUCUAUGUAGACAAAAGGAGAAUGAAUGUGACCUUCCAGAAUGGUGCAAUGGGACUUCAAAUGAGUGCCCUGAAGAUGUGUUUAAGCAGGAUGGGAGCUCUUGCCGUGAUGAAGGUUACUGCUAUAAUAAAAGAUGUAACAGCCGUGAUUUACACUGCCAGAGAGUUUUUGGCAAGGAUGCCAACAAAGCAUCUGACAGUUGCUACCAGGAAAUGAACACGCGUGGUGACCGUUUUGGUAACUGUGGAAUCACAAACAAUGCAUAUGUGAGAUGUAAUAGCUCAAACAUCCUCUGUGGAAGAAUUCAAUGUAAAGGAGUUAACAAGCUUCCCUUUUGGAGAGGUCAUUAUAGUGCACAUUGGACUCAUUUCAAUAGUGUUCCCUGCUGGACUAUUGAGUACCAUAUUGGGAUGAGCAUCCCUGACCUUGGUGAAAUAAAAGAUGGCACAGAGUGUGGUCAAGGGCAUGUGUGCAUUAACAGGGAGUGUGUCGAUAUGAGGAUUUGGAAAAGUGAUUGUUCAGCAAAGACUUGCAACAUGAAAGGAGUCUGCAAUAAUAAGCAUCACUGCCAUUGCGAUGCUGGCUGGGGCCCACCAUACUGCAAGGUAACUGGCAAUGGAGGGAGUAUUGACAGUGGUCCGUCUUCUGGAGACAAAAAGAAGGAAUCGGCACUGAACCAUCACAUGAGAAAGAAGAGACUAAAACCACCACAGGAGAAAGAAGAGAGUAAAACCACGACAGGAGAAAGAAGAGACUAA